ACAAGCUCCCUCUGCCUGUGCCUUCCCUCUCUCACGCAGUCCACCUCCACCAGCCACCGUGGUUCAGUCAUCUUAUAUCCUGUGCUCCCUCUCAGUACUCCAACUCAUACAAGAUGGUCCGCUGGCUUCCCCUCGAGUCCAACCCUGCUGUGAUGAACAAGUUCAUGAGUGGACUUGGCGUUCCUGCAAGCUGGACCAUUCAUGACGUGUACGGCCUGGACGAUGACAUGCUGGCGAUGGUGCCCCAGCCUGUGUGCGCCGUCAUCCUGCUGUACCCAUUCUCAGACAAGCAAGAGGAUUUCAAGAAGAAGCAGGAGGAGGAGCAGGAAACAGCAGGUGGUGACAUCCCUGAGAAUGUGUACUUCAUGAAGCAGUUUGUGGGCAACGCUUGUGGCACGGUGGCUCUGAUUCAUGCUGUGGCAAACAACAGGGACAGGAUCGAGCUGUCUGAUGGUGCCCUGAAGGAGUUCCUAGACAAGACAGAGUCCAUGAACCCCGAGGACAAAGGCCACGCACUGGAGGGAGACGACGGCAUCUCCAAGGCCCAUGAGGAGUCAGCACAGGAGGGCCAGACUGAGGCCCCUGAUCGCGAAGCCCAAGUCAACGAACAUUUUGUAGCCUUUGUACACAAGGAUGGAAAACUUUACGAAUUUGAUGGACGCAGGAAGUUCCCCAUUAGUCACGGAGACGCCUCAGCAGACAGUGUUCUUGCUGAUGCUGCCAAGGUGUGCCGCCAGUACAUGGACCGUGACCCUGAUGAGUCUCGCUUCGCUGUGGUGGCCCUGGCCUGCUCUGAGUAAGACCACCACCACCAGCACCACCACCACCUGCCUGUAGCUGUAUUGAUGUGAAAGAGUCUCAUCUCACUAUUUUCCUGCAGUUUGUCCUUUUCAGUUGGCUGUUUUGUUUGUUUUUCUGAUUUUUUUAUUUUGUGAUUUUUCUUGAUUUCUUUGGGGCAUUAAUGAUAGACCAUUAGCCAGCUAUUGUUUUGCUAGUCAAACGGCUAACUGUGGACCAAAGUUGCUCAAAAUUGUAAGAGAGGUUGUGUUUGUACUGGAGCAGGAGGUGGCCUGGCUCUAGUGGUGGGGCAGUGAAGGCCGACCACCACCUGGCUGUGUCCUGGUGCCCCACCGCUGCAGCACCAUACCCUGCUGGAGGUACCGGUGAAAUGGACUGUAGCUGUUGUGGUAAUGAUCUUUAGCCUCAAGUGGUUAUGUAAUUCUGUAACAGCCUUCCCCAAAUGAUAAGUGUAUCAUGAGCACAGGUAUUAGUAAGGAGACAGUGUUGCUUUUGUUUACUUUUGCUAGUAUGUUGAAAAGAAUUACUGAUUUAGUUGCAGCAAAAUACUGUUAAGCAUUCCUAUGGUUACUUUGUGGGGAAAUGUAAAGGAAGUAUUUUGUUUCCUUAAUUGAUUUUUUUUUUUUUUUUUAUAAUUUAGAGCAAUUGUUUGAGCAGGUUGCUGUGUUAAGGUGAAGCAUCAUGAGCACUUGAUGUGAUGUGAUACUGUGUACCAUUGUAUCUUGAUUACUGGCUAGUGUCUCAACACAUUACCUUGUCCCUAGUCAGUCUACAGCUAAACCUUUCACUGAGUGGAGCUUCAUAUACUCUAUAGGCUUCAGUAAAAUUGACUUUAUUGUUGUCACAAGGAAUAUUAAUUACACUCCUGGUCAAAUUUGUCUGGUCACCGGCCUGUCCACCUCAUGACAAGAUGCAAGGCUAAACUUACUCUACUGCAUUGGCUGUAUAAUUUUCAAUAAAGUAAAUUUCUUAU